AUGUGUGAAGAGGCAGAUCUUCAAAAGACUGAAAGUUCUUUAAAAAAAUCAAAGAUUUUAUCUAUUAUUAACUCUUUAAUUCCUUAUUUAGGUGAUUCUGAUCAUUCACGUUUCUGGUGCUUGUCGA